AUGGCCCCACAGAUGAGCUUCAUUGGCUUGGGCCAAAUGGGCAUGGCCAUAUCGGAGAAUAUUUUCCACGACGGCAAAAUCCAGAAGCCGCUUGUUCUCUACAACCGCACCACGGCAAAGGCGCACGAACACAGCGAGAGACUUGGAGGUUGCGAGGUUGCAGAUUCCAUUGCUGCAGCAGUCGCCCCGGCAGAUAUUGUCUGGCUCUGCCUUCAAGACCGAGAUGCUGUCGAGGAGGUCUUCGCGGAGAUCCUUCUCACUCCGAUCAAAGGAAAGCUGUUUGUUGACAGUUCUACCAUCUCCCCCGAGGCGACAAACUCUAUUGCGGAGCGAGCUUUUCGUGAAGGAGGCGAGUUUGUGGCAUUGCCUGUGAUGGGUGCUCCUCCAUUGGCUGUGAAACGAUCGUUGAUAUGUAUCGCAAGCGGAAAGCCUGAGUCCGUGGAUCGGAUACGGCCGUUUCUCGAAGGAGUUAUCUGCCGCCACGUCAUUGAUCUGAGCGGCGAAGCCCCAGGGACUGCCGAACUUCUCAAACUAAUGGGGAACUUCUUGAUUAUGGCAACUAUCGAGACAGUUGCCGAGGUAAACGUAUUUGCAGAGAAGUGUAAAAUUGGCACUGCAAACAUGAACAAGCUGCUUUCAGCUAUGUUUCCAGAGCCACCACAUGCCUUAUAUAACCGUCAGAUGCUCACUGGCGAGUAUUGCUCCGGCAACGCAAUAGUCGGAGCCUCCAAAGCCUUGCAACUGGCCAGCGAGGUCAUGGGUCUAGCCAACGAGUGCGGUGCAUCUGUGAAAAUCUAUGAGACUGCGGUCGAGAAUUUGAAAGCCGCCGAGGCUCAUGCUGGCCCUGAUGUGGACAUCACAGGGAUUUAUGGGGCCGUACGACUGCAGAGUGGGCUUCCAUUUGAAAAUAGACUGAAGGAGAGUCAAUGA